AGGCACCUUUCUGGAAUUUUCGGCUCCAUAUCGAUUCCGGUGCAGUCGCGAAAUAACGAUGGCCAUGUUGCAUCCAUUCGUUAUGAAUUAUAAUAAUGGACGCUAUUGGAACCGAGGGUUCAAAGAUCGGUCCGACUGGAUUUCCAUGUGA